GUCUCACGACAACCGGUUCCACCAACAAAGAAGACAUGUUGGUUUUCCUCCCUGCGAACAUCGUGUAUACUAGUGAAGAGGUUCCCCACUCGCUUUCUAUACAGGCACUUCAUUUUGUCUGUAGUAAGCACGUCCGUGACGUCUCUGGUUCCCGGAAACCGCCGCAGAGUGAGACCUCCUCUGCGCCUCCGCCUCUCUGCUCCGUGUUUUAGGAAACGUGGCCUUAACGCAGCGUCCCGGUUGUAUGAAGGCGACGCACACCGCCGCCUCCGCCCGCCCGCCGCUCAGCCCGCGUUCCACCCCGCUGCCCCUUCGAAGCCCGCCGCUGAACCAACUACCAUGGCUGACACGGAACAAGCCCGGGCCUCGGCGCCGGAGGCCGCCGCCGCCGCCGCCGCGGUCCUGGACGCCCUGAACGCGACGGACGCUAACGGGACCGAGGCGCUCAACGCUACGGCAAAGUUCGUCGCCUCACCGGAGGGCACCGCGCUGGCGUACGGCAGCCUGGUGUUCAUGGCGCUGCUGCCCAUCUUCUUCGGAGCCCUUCGCUCCGUCCACUGCUCCAAAUCCAAGGAGCUUGGGGAAAAUGAUUACGAUUCGGGGUUCAGAAAUGCAUCAGACAUGCCUGAGACGAUCACCAGUCGAGACGCAGCCAGGUUUCCCAUCAUCGCCAGCUGCACUCUGUUUGGGCUCUACCUCUUCUUUAAGGUAUUCUCCCAAGAGUACAUCAACCUGCUGCUGUCCGUCUACUUCUUUGGCCUGGGCGUCCUGGCUCUGUCUCACACCAUGAGUCCCCUGAUGUCCAGAAUCUUCCCUGAUUCCUUCUCAAACAAACAGUUCCAGCUGCUCUUCACUCAGGGCUCCGAAGAGACCAAAGAAGAAAUAGUGAACUAUGAGUUUGACACCAAGAACCUGGUGUGCUUGCUCAUCAGCACCGUGGUGGGAGUCUGGUACCUGUUGAAAAAGCACUGGAUAGCCAAUAACCUGUCUCUGUGCUUGGUGACAUCACAGCACUGGAUAGCCAAUAACCUGUUUGGUUUGGCGUUCGCCCUCAACGGAGUGGAGCUGCUCCACCUGAACAACGUCAGUACCGGCUGCAUCCUGCUGGGGGGGCUGUUUGUCUACGACGUCUUCUGGGUGUUCGGGACCAACGUCAUGGUAACAGUCGCCAGGUCCUUCGAGGCGCCGAUCAAACUGGUGUUUCCUCAGGACUUGUUGGAGCGAGGACUUGAUGCCAGUAACUUUGCCAUGUUGGGUCUGGGGGACAUCGUCAUCCCCGGGAUCUUCAUCGCCCUGCUGCUGCGCUUUGACGUCAGCCUGAAGAAGAACAGCAGGACCUAUUUCUACUCCAGCUUCCUGGCCUACAUCUUCGGACUGGGCCUCACCAUCUUCGUCAUGCACACCUUCAAACACGCACAGCCCGCUCUGCUCUACCUGGUCCCGGCCUGCGUGGGCUUCCCCGUCGUCGUCGCUCUGAUCAGAGGAGAACUCACCGAGUUGUUCAGGUACGAGGAGACCCCUCCUGAGGAUACAGAUGUCAAAGAAGACUCCGAAACCGAGAAGAAGGACCAAUAGCAUCCAUCGCUGCCCCGCCCCCUUCCUCAAGCCUUCUCCAUCCAGCCUGCUGCCACCACAUUUCACUGAAGCCCGCCUCCAGCUUCCUGUCUGCCGCUGAGUGUUGUCUGAUACCGCGUGAAGGCCCCGCCGGUCUCCGUGGCAACGGUAGAUUUGUAUUGUAAAGGUCGUUUGGGUAGACUGCGACUCGGAGCCUCGUUGCGACUCCUCUCGAAGUCCUGAACUUCUGUGUUUGCAGCUCAGAUGGACCAGAAACCGUUCAGACCAAACGCAAAGAUGUUUCUGAACUUAGUGCAAAUAUUCCUCUCGCUGCUUCUCGUCUAACGUGAAGUCAGAGCUUCCCGUGUUAAAGCUGCAUUCCCACACUGGCUGCACGGUGAUUGACAGGUCCCCAGCAGCUGGGAGGCGGGGCUUCGGGUCCACAGACGAUGCCACAAAGUGUCUCCUUUGCGUUUGGUCUGAACCGCUGUUUGCUUUAAACGGCCUCAAACGACAGUAAAACAAGCGCUGCUUUUUCUUUGUUUCUCACACACACACACACACACACACACACACACGCCUCUCGCCAGUGUUUUCAGUCUCGCUUUACUUAGUUUUAUUGUUUCUUGUUGAAGGUCAGAAUUUUAAGAAGCUCAAUGGAGGAUGUUCUGUUCUUAGUCUGAACUAGUUCUGGUUCUUCAGCGUCUGAUCUGAAUACCUUUCUGGUGACGCUUCAAAGAUCCAAGUCUGAAUAAGUACAAGUUUUAGUAAAAAGUCUGACUUUGACGCGUCAAACUCCAAAGGAUCCAAAUGGAAGCAUCAGAGCACGAGAGAUCGUGAAUGUUUGUCUUUAAUUCAUCUCAAGUGCCAAAAACCUACUGGAACCAUCAACAGUCAUUUUCUUAAAGCGGUUUUGCGUCUCAAUCUGAAAUUUAAAGUAAAGUCUCUAAUUUCCCAUUUGUAUUACUUUGUCAAAUGAAUAUAUAAUCUAUAAUUUGAAGAAGUAGUUUUAUUUAAAGCUUCCGACUGGACGUGAUCGGCCUGGUUAUUGUUCUCGAUGUUGAUCAAUGUCGCUUUAUAAAGAGAUGCACAGUUUUUGUACUUUGAUGUAAAAACAUGAGAGGAAAUCCACAUCCUUCGCUCCGUGUCGUUCAGUAGCGCAUCAUCGUUUUAAAUGACGUAUCAAACAUUUUGUCUUUCUCUGGUUAGAUUUGUGCAGGAGGUCGUUUUUAUGGCCCUGAAUAUAUUUUAUUUGCAAUAAACCUUUUUGGGGUGUUUUGAUCUCCGUGUAGAGAAGCAUAA